AUGCAGGCGAACCAGGCGCUGCGCCGUUUGCUAAAUGGAAAGGACGUGGCGGACGUCUCCGGUUGGGCUCACCGGGUGACAGAGAAGUAUCCUUUGACGGCGCCUCUGCACUUCCAGCGGCAGCCAACAUGCCCCCCCGCACUCACUGCAGCAAAUACGAAGAUUGAGAGGUCUUUCUGCAGUAGUUCAACAGCAGCUCAAGACGGCUGUCUACUGGAGGCCCUUACGUACUUCUUCUACCGGCUAACAGCGCCGGAGAAAAACACUGAACCCAGAGAUGAAGAGAAUCCAGUGAUCCGCACGGACAAGUUUGUAUUUCCCCAUGGCAUCAACACGACGGAUGCAGAUGCUGUGAAGUAUGUCAUCAACCUCAUCGGUGAUCUCCACGAACCGCUCCACUGGGGCUCCUCCGCCGACGAUUUCGGUAGAAAUAUCUUCAAAUGGAAUUGUCUCGCUCUGUUGCUUUUGCCUGCAGUUGACUAUGAAGUGGGGGACGACACGCGAGAGAAGCACCGCAGCAGUUUGUAUGAAUUUAUUGAGGGGGCAUUUAUUAAGAAGAUAAUGAGUGAAAGGCAGACCUUCUGGUACUCAGGAUGGACGCAUGUUAACUCGGUGAAGACCUUCUACGAGGAGGAAAAGGCCGUAUUUGCCGCACGAAAGGAGACUUACUUUCUAUCUUGGGCAAAGGAGAACCGGGCUCUGCUCUGCUCUGAGAUCUACCCCUUGUUGAAGCGCAUGAAGAAGAAGAAAAACGAACAAAAUGUUUAUAUUCUAGACAGAACUGCUGAGUUCCUUUUUUUUGAAAUAAUCAAGAAGCGCAUCCUCGUUGCUGGAGCGAGAGUUGCAGUUGUGAUGAACCACAUUCUUCAGGUUCGAGGGCUAGACGACGGCCUUGGGCAGCUCCGCGCAGGCAGUGGAAUGCAAGACGUUCCUCCGCUUUCUUCUCGUUCUGCAAAGACACCCGACGGGGCAGAACUCAUGCAAGCCAAGGCCAACUGA